GAAAGAAAAUAAAUCAGAGUCUUAAAGAAUGAUAGAUCCCCAUGGCUGGUUCAGUCACAGUUCCCAAGAAACAUCAAAACGCAGAAACCAAGCAAAACCAACAGACGCUUCCGAAUCCGAUCCUUUGAUUUCCUCCUUCCCCCAAUAGAAAUUUAUUUAUUUUUUAUUUAUAUUAAUUUUUGUUUUUUUGUGUGGAUUUUAUGAAAUGGAAGGUCGCCGGAGGCUAACGCUUCUCGAUCAGAUGUCAGCAAGUAGCAACGGGAGAGACUUAGCCGGAUUGAGCCUAGACGACUUGUUGCUGGCCCCUGCAGCCGCCAAACAGCCCCCUACACCGCCCGCACUUCCCCCCACAAUCUCGGGUCGGACCCUACUCGAUAUAAUCCGCGACGAGGAGCCCAAGUCCUACCGGGCCCUGAUUGGCAAGAAGGAUAAGAAAGCCUGGAAGUCGUUCAAAGACCGCCUCCUACUCAAACGCGCCGGCUCCGCCUGGACUUCCUCCGUCCGUGUCCCCACCUCCGAUAUCCCUAUCCGGAACACAGCUAACUACGCUUCCAAUCGCCACCACCACCCGCGAUCUCACAACUCGCGUCGCGGCUCGGUCCGUUACGUCACCCCCGAGUCCAAUCUCGACAUGACUCAGCAGGAGAGGCAGAUUGCGCGGCGGGGCUCCACCCGGUUGAGCCCCAACUCCUCGAUUCCGUUCGACGAGGUGGAUGCAGACAACCCCCGCGCCUCGAUGUUCACGCGCCGGAGCUCCGUGCGGUUCGCGGCCGACGAAGUCGCGACUGACUCGCCAAGGCGGCGGUUGUCGGCGGCGUUGGAAGAGGAGAGAUCGCUGUCGGCGAGAGAAGCGAUGGCGGCGCAGGAGGCCGCCGAAGCUGCCGCCGCGGCAUCGGCGGCGUCGGAAGAGGCCGCUGAGGCAGAAGAAGAGACCGGGAACGAAAUGCCGUCCGUGGAGACGGGUACGGCGGCGGGUACGGCGGAGCCGGUGAGGAUGUCGUUGAUGGACUUGUUGGAAGAGACGGACAGGCAGAUGGGGGUGGAGUCGAGGUACACGAUGGACGAGGACGAGGAUGAGGAGGAGUGCGAGGAGGAAGAGGAAGAGGAGGAGGAGGAAGCAGCGGCGGAAGAAGGGAAUGUGGAGUAUAACUGCUGCGUGUGCAUGGUGAGGCAUAAAGGGGCGGCGUUUAUCCCCUGCGGGCACACGUUCUGCAGGAUGUGCUCCCGAGAGCUGUGGGUCCAGCGGGGCAAUUGUCCCCUCUGCAACAAUUUCAUCUUGGAAAUUCUGGAUAUUUUCUGAACCUGAUAAAGUAAAAGUAAAAGAAAAGUUACUGCAAGCAAAUUCGAUUUAUGCAUUUUAUUUUAAUUGGAGUUAUUAGUAGAAAUCUUUGUUUUAUUUGAUUUUUUAUUUUUUAUUUUUUUUGGUAUUUGGUAUAUUUGAGUUGAAGUUUCAAGUUGUAUUUUUCUUGUAACUAAAUAGUUUCAUGAAUGAAUGCCUUGCGUUUAGGCUCUUGUAUGUA